AUGAAUUGCGAUAAAAUGUGGAUCUCUUCAGGGUCAGUUGUGGAGACAGCUGAAUUUGGCCUCAAUGGCAAAUCAUUCGACCGUAAAGGAGAAGACUUUCUGGUGAAGUGGGUUACACAGAGUGGAGACGGACGAGUGGUUAUGGCGAUAGGCAAUGGAAAGGCAUCAUUCGAGACACAGGUGGCCGUAGCUGGCAUGAUACGCAGUGGGAAGUUCAUGCCGAAGGAUUACAGUACCCGAAAAUGGCGCGUCGAAAUACAGUAUAACACCAUUAGGCGGAGACAGGACUUACCAAAUAUGCCACCAACUCAGAGGAGCGCCGUUUCCAUCGGACGUCGUCUUAUUGACCCGAUGGCUGAGUAUGUGAAGAUCGAACCGAAACAUCUCGGUAUGGGCAUGUAUCAGCACUCCGUGAAUACGAAAAGGUUGUCCGAGGCGCUGGAGCUGGUUGUAAGAGAAUGCGUGUCGAUGCGAGGUGUAGACGUAAAUGUGGCAUCUGUACAACUUUUGGAGAAAGUAUGCGGCUUAAAUAAGAAAACCGCAGCUGGUUUGGUGGCUCUCCGAGAGAAAAUGGGUCGAAUUCAGUCUCGUGAAGAUAUCAAGAGUGUGAAAGGCCUUGGUGCAAAGUCAUUCGAGCAGUGUGCGGGUUUCCUCACAGUGAAUAUUAGUAGCGAAAACGGUAUGAAUGGGCCAUCGAAGAAAAAGAAGAAGCUGUCAACUGAACCGCUGGAUAGAACUAUUGUGCAUCCGUCACAGUACGGAACGGCGAGAAACCUGCUUUCGCGUGUCGGUCUCUCACCAUCGGAUCUUCCUUGCAAUGAUCUUCAGCAGAAACUUCAUAAUCUCACCAACUUAACAGACGAAGAAGCUGCCGUUCGUGAUCUUCUAUGCACUGAAAUCAAGACAUUGCCUCCUCCCGAUCUGAUGAAGGAUAUUCGCAAGAUGGCUUCCCUGAAGGUCGGUGAAGAAGUGAUUGGACGAGUGUCAAACCAGGUCGAGUUUGGACUCUUCGUAGACAUUGGAGCAGAAAAGAGCGCACUUGCUCAUCGCAGCACGCUUCGCCAACCUUAUCCAGAGGUUGGAGCAAGUCUCAUGUUCAUUAUAACGAGUGUCGACCAACAGAAGGGUAGAAUCGGAGUACGACCGGUCAACUGA